UUGGCGAUCGCGGGGCGCAGCCCUCCUAUAAUAAUACGAUGCUCGUCUCGUGGACCGCAGCCCUUCUCGGCUCGCAGGCCUUCCAGUACCCCCACAGUGUAUCUCUAUUCCUAGAAUUGACCGUACGACGACGCCAUGGAACACCGCAGACUUUUCCCAAUCCAAGUUGUGAUCAUCGGCGGCGGCAUCGCAGGCCUGACCGCGGCGAUCGCGUUCAGCCGUGUCGGGCAUAGAGUGGUGGUGCUAGAACAAGAUGCAGACCUGAACGUGGCAAACACGAUAUGCGGGGGAUGCAGAUUGGCACCCAACAUGGCGUCGGUGUUCAAGCGCUGGGGCUUGGAGCCCCGCUUGAGGCAGAUAGGUGUGCUCAUGGACCACGCCGAAUUUCCCGGAUUUCAAAGUGGUCAAGCUGCGGCCGGAGGUGACUGGGCGGACGACAUGACGGUGGAGGCAGGAGCAAAGCACUUCGGCAUGCGGUACGAAGAUUUCCGCAGGCUACUUGCCGACACUGCCAGAGCAUCUGGGGUGAUCAUCCGACCCAACUCUCGGGCGGUCUCUACAUCCGUCAAACCAGACAGCGCAACGGUGAAGCUUGUUUCUGGAGAGCUGGUGGCGGGGGACCUGGUCGUAGCCGCAGACGGCUUGAACGAAGUGGAGGGAAAGCUUCCCAUCUCUCGACCGAUGAUGUUGGGUGAUCGGGAGUAUUCAACAUACAAAAAGCUGAUGCUAUACAACGCUCUUAUCCCUGCGUCAGCAAUGCGUAUCGAUCAUGGCGCCGUGUACUCUUGGUAUGGCGACUCGUACGGUGCCAUCGGGUUCCCAACGAGGCUGGACGAAUUCUGUCUGCACAUAUACAUCCCUACGCCCCACCCCUCCGAGGACAAGAUCACCGUAACAGGGCCGGAGGAGCUCGUCAAAGUCGUGACAGCUGGCAAGGCCGAGCCUCGACUGCAGAAGCUCGCCGCAGCCGCGCACACCGUGGUCGGUAUCCCGCUGAAGGACCGCCCGUCCCUCGAGGACUGGGCGCACCCGGACGGCCCGAUGAUCGUCAUCGGCGAAGCCGCGCACCCGCUCACGAGCGGCUCGCUGUCCGCGCUGAACCUCGCCGUGGGCGACGGCGUGUUCCUCGGCCGGCUGUUCAAGAACCUCCACCGGAAGCAGCAGAUCGGCGCCUUCCUGGGUGCCCUGGUCGAGAACCGCCAGAAGCGCAUCGCCGACGUCCAAAAGUCGGAGCGCCUCAACCCGACUAUCAUGUCGCUGCCUGCGGGCGUGGAGCAGGCGCGGUACCUGAAGACGACCGUGCAGCACAUGAGUGACGAGGGUGCAGUUACCUUCGGGGAGGAGGCGAUCAGGAACACCUUCGCGUACGACCCCGAGGACGAGGCCGACAGCUGGUGGGAGGAAUGGGGCCUGCUGCAAGAACGCGCCGCGAAAAUCACGCCGAUCACACCGCUGAACCUCAACUCCGAGUUGCACGCGCGCAUCCAAAGCAUCUCCUGAAGCCUCGGCUCGUCAACGACCAUCACGUCCGCUCCGUUCGUCCACGUCAUGACUUACGACUUCCGUUCAUGUGUUUCAUUUUGGUCACUCGAUGGGACUCUGCAGUAUUCUGUAUACCCUGUAGCAUCCCUCGCCCGGUCACCGCCUGUCGGAUGGACAUUCGGAUGAUGUGUAUGCUUUCAUCACGGCCCUAUAGCAAACAUGCAGUGUAUCCAGUACUGGUCAAUAUUAGUCUCCCUUAGGUAGACUCUAAACGCGACCUUUUGAGUGGGGGCGGCGUUGCAUUACAGGUUCAGGCUGACAGGAGCAGCAACAGUGGGGCGUGGGUUGUACCUUGCCGGAAGAAUCCGACCACUCUGUCUGAUCCAAGUCUGAUCAACUCUCCAUUCGACGACGCGUUCAGGCC